AUGACGCCCGCCGAAGUCAUGGCACAACCCAAUGGCCUCUCAGAGGAAUCCGAGCCCUUACUUACCAAUGUCAGCACUUACACGGUUCGGGAACAGCCGCUCGGCUCGACCCGGCACAUCCGCAUCGUGGGCAUCGGAGCCGGAGCGAGCGGGCUGAACCUGAUCCGGACCCUGCGGCUCAACCUCAGCGACUACGAAGUCACGGUCUACGAGAAGAACACCGACGUGGGCGGCACCUGGCUCGAGAACCGCUACCCCGGCUGCCGGUGCGACGUCCCCAGCCACAGCUACCAGUUCUCGUGGCGGCAGAAGAAGGACUGGACCAACUUCUUCUCGGGGGCCGAGGAGAUCGGCGAGUAUCUCUGCCGGGUGUGCGACGAGGAGGGUAUGAGGGACUCGAUCAAGACCUCGCACCAGGUGGUUCGCGCGGAGUGGGACGAAAAGGACGGGCAGUGGGAGUUGACGGUUCGGAACUUGGAGACGGGAGAGGAGUUUGGUGACCACGCCACCUUUCUCGUGGAUGGGACAGGCAUUCUGAACAACUGGAAGUGGCCCGAGGUUGACGGCCUCGACGCCUUUCAGGGAACACUCAUCCACACCGCGCAAUGGCCGAAGGACUUUGACCACACGGGUAAGACGAUUGCUGUCAUUGGCAACGGCUCGAGCGGGAUCCAGGUGCUGCCCGCACUCCAACCAGGGGCCGAUAAACUGUACCACAUCUUCAGAACACCCACUUGGGUACUACCACCCAGGAUACAAGCGUGGAAGGUUAUGGGACAGGCAGGGGAGAUCCUCAGCAAGAUUCAGAUGGACGCUCAGGAGAACUUUUCCCAAGAGACGAUCGACAAGUUCCAGUCUGACCCCGAGUUCUACCGCGAGUUCGUAAAGAAGAUCGAGGUGGAGGUGAACAAUGCGUUCCCCGUGGUUCUCACACAGAGCCCCGUCCAAGCCUUUGCCCGCGCCAAGGUUACCGAGUACAUGACUGCCAUGCUCGGAGGGAACCAGGAGCUUUGCAAGGCGCUCAUACCCGACUUCCCGCUCGGGACAAGGAGAAUGACCCCCGGCCACAGCUACCUCCAAGCCCUGACCAAACCCAACGUCGAGCUCAGGAGAUCCGGGAUCAAGAGGUUCGUGGCGGAAGGCAUCGAGCUCGAAUCGGGCGAAGUCCUCAAAGUCGACGCCAUCGUCUGCGCCACAGGGUUCAACACCUCCUUCCGCCCGCGCUUCCCCAUCAUCGGCCGCGACGGCAACCUCCAAGACCGAUGGGCCAAGGAAACCCCCAAGGCAUACAUGUCGUGCGCCGUCGCCGGCCUACCAAACUACUUUACCUUCCUCGGCCCCAACGCCCCCAUCGGCCACGGCAGCGUCUUCACCCUCAGCGAGCACAUCGCCAAGUACAUCACGCGGGCGAUCCACAAGUGCCAGACCGAGGGCAUCAAAGCCCUGGCCCCUUCGCAGGGCGCCGUCGACGACUACUUUGCGCACAUCUCGGCCUUCAUGCCGCGCACGGCGUGGGGCGCGGCCGGCACCGGCGGGCGCUCCUGGUUCCGCAACGGCCGCGCCGACGGGCCCGUUACGGCGCUGCACCCGGGUAGUCGGGUGCAUUUUUUCCAUAUGUUGGAGGGGUUUCGUGGGGAGGAUUGGGAGUUUGUGUUUGCGUAUUUGGGGAAUGGGUUCUCGACGAAGGAGUUGGAUCCGCGGGGGGAUACGGCGUGGUAUUUGGAUGGGGAGGGGUUUGGAAGGUAA